AUGCUUGCAAUCUGUUUAGCAGCAACAGAUCCCAAGAUGCAAGUACAUGCUGCGAGUGGAGUCAAGCAUGAUGAUGAUGAUGAUGAAGAGGACAUGGAAACCAAAACAGUUCUUACCACCCUGGAGGCUCUUGACCUCAAAGCAGCGACAGAAAAAACUGAUCCAGCCUCUGAAUUGACUGAAUCAACCAAUGUAACACAAAAAUCCCAAGAAUCAAGGUCAACUGAAGCACAAGACCACAGGACCACUAGCCUUCCCAUCAUCUUGGAUGAUGAUGCAGAUGACCUUCUCGUCACUGAAAAGACGGAGACGACUGAAACUGGAAAAAUUUCUGAUGAGGAGUCAACAACAGUUGUUGAUGCUACAUCUACACAAAAAUCUACUGAAACGACGAGUUUCUUAGGCACAACUUCAAGAAGCUCCAGCACUGAUUUGGAUUUCCGCGACGUCACCAAAACUCCAGUCACUGAAACACGUCAUACAGACCAAAAACUGGAUACGAGAACCACAACUUCUGCCACUGAACGUGAAUCACUGGACACGGACAGAACGCAACCUCCUAUUUCAGAGACUACAGAAACCACAAGGACAUCCAAAUCAAUUGAGGAACUUAAAGAAACAACUCCCACUUCAAGACCCCAACAAGAAAAAACUACAAUUGUGUCUGAUGAAGAUCAAGAUCCUGAUGAACUUCCCGUCACAACAGGAAUCCCAGCAGCAACCAAAACAGAACUGGAUCUCAGUACAUCCACAAUAAGGGAGCCAAUUACGACAGACUCUUUGGGAACUUCUGCGGAACAAGAAGUAACUGAAUCUCCAUCAAAUCUCACACAGUCAAUUGCAAGUGACAUAACAGCAACGAGUACCUCUGUGGAGACAAGCUCAGCAAAAGACACAUUUGGAAGUACCACUGGGAGCUUUUCCAUAGUAUUUGAUGACACAGAUGAUGAAGAAGAGGAGCCACUCACAACCACCAGUGCCUCAAGUCUACCUGAAAAAACUGCUACUGAUGCCACUGAUAUUUCAACACAAGGAACUAACACCACAGAAAGCAGCUCCUUGGAAAGUACAACAGUCAGCUUUUCCAUUGUGUUCGAUGACACAGAAGAAGAAGAAUCAUUCACCACUUCAGCUUCAACGCAAUCCCCCAAAACUGCAGAAGUAUCCACUGAGUCAAAGGAUGAACAAACAACCAUCAGUUCAUCCAGUGUGCUCAGUGAUGAGGACAGUCAAUCUCAACAACUGGACAUAACUGAAACAAGCAUCACUGAUGCUCCUGCCACGACAAUUUUCUCAGAAAAAACCGCCAGCACAGAGCCAACUGCAACAGAAAAAGAGCAACCAGGAACAACCCAAGUAAUCGAAGUGAGACUGGGUCCCACAAGGAGUCCAACAUCGAAACCCAAAGUUCAAGAUCCUUCAACAACGACUACAUCCUCUGAAAUAGUCUCAUCUUCCAGUCCAGUUGAGACAACUCCACGUGAUGAGAGCACAAGCAGGACACCUGGAACCACUGAAAUUACCGGUGAAACUGCUCUUCCAACUUCAGCGGAUCCAAAACAAGAUGACAUCGAAAUCAUGAAUUUAGUCCUCACAGAGGCAGUUGUUGAAACAGCAAAUGAAACCGCGAAACCGACGAGCUCCACCACUUUUGCCUCGAGCACCACUACAGAAGAUUCCGUAUCAACUGAGAAAACGCAACCUCACGAAAACAUCAUUAGUGAGACCAAAACCGAAGGAUCAAAGACCACAAGUUCAGCAAUCGAAGAAACCUCAACAGCAGCCAGUAGCGGAGAAACAGAGGAUGUUCACACAGUAACAUCGUCUCCAAAAAUAUUAACAACUUCGGAGAAACAGGCUGAUACCGAGGCUGAAACUAAAAAAGCAUCUGUGACCACUGAACGCUCAACAUCAUCCAUUCAGCAAGAUGAUCAAGAGGACCUUGAGGAGAGUUCAACCACCACAGGAAAAACGGUUUCUGUUCCUCAAAAAACCACGCAUGAUGUAGAGGUAACGGAUUCCACCGAAACAGUAGCUACAACCACAAAAACUACGGAACUUGAGGAAGCAGCAACAGUGACAAUUGGAACUCCUGCACAAGAUCUAAGAAAACAAUCCGUUGAUUCCGAACAAACUGCAACAACCUCCAGCAGCAGCAGCGAGCAACUACCAGAAGACGGACAAGAUGAAAUUGAAUCCACAACACCGAGGAUCGAACAACCAGGAAUCACCGGUUUCAGCUCGAUAACUACCACAGAAAAAAUCAUCACUGUAGGACCAGAAUCGCAAUCUGCAGAAACAACUUCUUCCGGCGUAGAAGACAGCACUUUAACAACAUCUAGUGCAAGCGACAUCGACGGAAUCACCACAAGCGUCAUUUCCGGGGAUGAAAGAAUUACAAAAGGCACAACAACAGUGAAAACCGACUUACUUUCCGACGAUGCUGACGAAGAAGAGCUGUUCACAGAGGUCACAAUGAUCACCGUCUCAAGCUCAGUUGAGGAUGAAUCUUCUGAAAGGAUUGAAUCUGCAACCGGAACUUCGACAAUCGUGCCCAUCACAGAAGGAGCACACGACGCAGAAACAUCAACUGACAAGUCCCUCGGAGUAACAGUUUCUGAAACGGAAUCAACGAGCCGCACUCAAGUUUCCACAACAGCACAAGAUGAAGACGACACAGAGACCUUAGGUCAACAGACAACAGGUUCCAUCGCGGAACAGGAUCAAAAUGCUACCAUUAGUGAUGGUGAGGCAUCAUCAACGACCGAAUCAGGCUUGACAGAUGCCCCUACGGAACGCUCAACAACAAUCGUGGUUGAGUUCAGGCAAGAUUUCAACGGAACUGGUUUCACUGACGAAGGCUUGACUUCCGAACUGGAUACAACAACUCCGAGUACUCAGUUCGAUGAUGAACCAAGUCCAUUGGAGCAGUUUAUGGCCCCGGUUCCCGCUGAUCCGUCCUCAACUGAUGGGAUUGUUGUGGAAGACUCGGUCACGCAAACUAAAUCCUCUACGCCAGUCACAACUGUGUUUCCCGUUUACAACGUUUCUUUGAAGCUCGCAGAGAAAAUUCAACCAGCCACUCCAACUCCUCUCGUAACGAAGUACAUCACAACAACCACGACAAGAAGAUCAACAACAGUCGCCCAGGAUGGCAGAGGAACGACAACCAGGCCAUACUCGGAGCAGCAAAAGGAGGACUUCCCCAGUUUCCCUUCGGAUGAUGAGGAAUACACCGACCUCGAAGAUCCACUGACAGAAAAUCAGCCAAUCGACAUCAGUAGUCUCACUUCAGAGCUCGGUCACAUUGUUUGUAUUUACAGGAACAAGGCAUAUAUGACAGCUGAGCAAGUGCCAAGGGCAAAUCCGUGCCAGUUCUGCUUCUGCUUCCGGGGCGACAUAAUUUGCCUAGAACAGUCGUGUCCUCCUCCGAUCACAGGCUGCACGGAGGAGGUUAUCGCAGGGUUUUGCUGUCCUCGUUACGAGUGUCCAGUGCCAAAACACUGGCAUCCUCCAGCUUCUGCUCUGCCAUCAAAUGCCACCAGCUCAAGCGAUGAAAUUGAGGGUUGUGAAGUCAAGGGGCAUGUUUACCCAAUUGGGUCUAUUGUGGGCCCUGCUUCUUCUCCCUGCAUGAUCUGCAAGUAA